AUGAGAAUCGAGACCGUGGGGGCUGGAUUAAACUGCAAACAAUGUGGACAUGGCCGCAGCAGAUGCCUUCCGUCUGCUGUGCAAUGCCUCAGGCUCGCAACAAAUCAUGAGAGAGAAGCCAGAGGCUUUUCAAACCUCUCCUAUACCCAGAAAAGCCCUGCAAAGGUGGUUUGCCGGGCGGUUGCUGGAGGGAAGCUUUACAUUGACCCAGUUUUGCAGCAGUCCUCGGCGUUCGCUCCGGCUACAAUUGCGAAUCUUGGUCCUGGUUUCGACUGGAUGGGAUGCGCAGUCGAGGGGGAGGGGGACACAGUCACAGCCACAGUGCUGCCAGACCAGCCGGGGAAGGUUAUAAUCGAGAGCAUUGAGGGCGACGGCGGCCGACUGUCCCUUGAGGCAUGGAACAACUGCGUGGGCAUUGCUGCGCUUGAAACUCUGAAGCUCCUCGGUGGCCAACCCAGCUGUGGCAUCUCCUUACGGCUGCAGAAGGGGCUUCCUCUGGGCAGCGGCAUGGGCAGCAGUGCUGCCAGCGCAGCAGCGGGCGCGUGGGCAGUGAACGCAUUGUUCGGAGGGCCGCUCACAAAGGAGCAGCUGGUGCCGGCAGGUCUAGCAUCGGAGGCCACUGUAAGUGGCUACCAUGCCGACAACAUUGCUCCUGCACUGCUCGGCGGCUUCAUCCUCAUCAGGAGCUGCAAUCCCCUGGACAUUCAGCGGCUGGCGUUCCCAGGAGACCUCUACUUUGUGUUGGUCAACCCCGUCUUUGAGGCGCCCACUGCCGAGAUGCGCGCGGUUCUGCCCAAGCAAGUUGCCAUGACCUCUGCCAUCCAUAACUGCGCCAUGGGCGGCUCCCUGGUGGCAGGCAUUCUGCUGGGCGAUGCAGAGCUGACGGGCAGGGCACUGGACUCCGACUGCAUUGUGGAACCAGUCCGAGGGCCGCUCAUCCCGGGCUUUGCUGCUGUCAAGCAGGCCGCCAGAGAUGCAGGCGUUGGUUCUGCAGGCGCGUAUGGAUGCACCAUCAGCGGAGCUGGGCCUACAUGUGUGGCUGUGACAGAUGACCCUCAGAAGGGCGAGCGAAUUGCUGAAGCCAUGGUGCAGGCGUUUGUUACAAGUGGCAAGCUUGCAGUGAACACAGCUCGGGUUGUGAGAUUGGACCAGACCGGUGCAAGGACAACUUGA